AUGUCUUUACUAAUUGGCUGGCUAAUCUGGCUGUUCCUUGAUGGAAUCUUGGCUCGGACACAGCUUGAUCCAUCUGUAUUAGAAGAUUCUAAGCUGGAUACGUUUGAGCUGAUUCAAAAGUACAAUUAUCCUGCGGAGAAACAUAAUGUAGACACUGAUGAUGGUUAUAUAAUUACCAUUCAUCGCAUUCCAAUGCUCGGAGCGAUUCCUGUAUUAUUGAUGCAUGGACUUUUCGACGCCUCUACCACAUGGGUGAUGCAGGGUCCCACCAAGGGGUUAGGUUACUUGCUUCAUGAUCGGGGCUACGAUGUCUGGAUGGGAAAUAUAAGAGGAAAUACGUAUGGCAGGAAACACAAAUUUCUUAAGCAGCAUCAGCCUGAGUUCUGGGAUUAUUCCUUUCAUGAAAUAGGCAUCUUUGACAUACCAAAUACCAUUGAUUAUGUGCUCAACAAUACGGGCUACUCCCAACUGCAGUAUAUUGGGCAUUCCCAGGGCACAACGUCCUUUUUUGUAAUGGGCAGUGAGAGACCCGAUUAUAUGUCAAAGAUCAUCUCAAUGCAUGCGAUGGCACCCGUUGCCUUCUUCGAACAUACCAAGAGUCCGGUGAUAAAAUUUUUGGGUGAAGCUCAAACAUCAUCUAUUAUAAUGAACAAGUUUUUUGGCACCCAUGAGUUUUUGCCAAGAUCCGAGCUUACAAACACGUUUAGCAAAUUCAUUUGUGCCUCUGAUUUGACUCAGCCGAUCUGUUCGAAUAUGAUCUUCUUGACGACAGGAUUUAACUCAGAUCAGUUAAACCUGACCAUGUUACCAGUGUUUAUUGCCCAUGCUCCAGCUGGAGCAUCAACCAAACAAGUAAUGCACUUUGGCCAGGUGCGAGCUUUGGGUGGACUACGAAAAUUCGACUAUGGGCUCGUGCAGAAUCUUCAGCGAUACAAAACUGUGACUCCUCCGGAAUACAAUUUAAGGAAUGUCAGGGCCAAGGUUUCUUUGUAUUAUGGCCAAAACGAUUGGUUGGCACAGCCCGAAGAUGUCAAAUUAUUGCUUAAUAAGUUGCCCAAUGUCAUAUAUGAUUAUCUCAGUGACUAUCAGAAAUUUAAUCAUUUGGAUUUCGUUUGGGGUAUUGAUUCCUGGGAUUUGAUCUGGGAACGCAUUUUUAAUAAUAUGCAAGUUCAUGAUCUCUCGAUAAGGUACGGAUCGUGGAAUAAAUAA